UACAUAUAGGCAUAAAUUAACCAUCAUUGUAUACACAUAUAUAAAGAAGUUCGCAUGAUAAAAGCACGUUCCAGGUAACUACAUAACGAAAAUAUGCCAAAUGAAAUAGUUUUUUUGGUCAAGAUUACUUAGCAGUUCAAUCGCCACCUAUCUUCUAUCUACUUCAUUUAUUAUCGCUGGUGAUGUCUGUCUGAUAUCGAAUCCGCUUUUCAAGUCGCCGUUUUGCAAGUUUUGUUCGUGCUAUUUGCGGUGUGUGUCCAAAACUUAUCGGUGCCAAGAUGGACCAUGUAUCUAGAGUUGCUUCGGCGUUGGAUUACCUUGCAGAUUAGGCGAGAAGAUUUUGAGGUGGAAGCCCGCACCUUAAUGCGACCUGACGAGGUAGCUUUACAUAAUGACUACCUUAUGGAGUUGUUACUCACGCUGUCCAAAGCACCAGUUUCCGCCAGCUCGACUACCAUGGCAGCAGUUGAUUCCAGUUCUCCAAAAAUCUCUCUAACCCCUACUGUUUCGUCAACCAAUACAGCUCACCAUGUCUCUUCUGACAACCCAAUGCACCCCCGGGUUAAGCCUGUUUUCAAAAAUCUUACGGCCUCAUCUUUGUCAUAUACAAGUAAAUCGCCGCCAUAUAGUUCAUGUUCAAAAGAAGAAUCUACGGAAGAGGUAGUGAACUCGUCAGGAAAAGCCGCAUCUUCUGACUCUACUCGAUCUCCAGUGAAUGUGUCUAAACAACGGAAGCGACGGCCAGCUGAAUCUCUUCAGCCUCCGGCUAUAAAUCGUGCUGAACACGCAUUCGGGCUCUUCAUGCCUGAAUCAAAUGCUACUCCUACCCUCGAUAAUCAGCUCACUAUGCCCAAUGUUGUCUCAUUUGUGGUCAGCGUUCCUCAGGCUGAGAUGCCUGCCCCACAUUGCAGCUUUUUAAUGCGUGAACAAGCGUUUCCAGAAAGUGCCCUUCUAUAUGGCCGUAUGCUUGUCGUCGCGUACGAGCACGGGCUGGACGACAUCGAUGCACCCACUGUUGAAUUGAUGCUUCAGGCAUUGCGCUCUCAACUUUUCCGCGUUAUAGCCGCAAUGGUUGAUCGACGUGUUGCGUGUAGCCGUCGUAAACUUACACGUUUAGGAAAUGGCAUUGCAUCCCGAGCACCCAAUCCCUAUUUAGGAGCAGCUGUUCCUUUUCAUACGAAUCAUUGUUGUGAUUUUCUGGAAUCAGCGCAAGUAGUCAAUGAAUUCAGUGCGCCUUCUGCAUGGGACGUCGAGAACUCUAGUAUGUGCUCUCUCUUUGAUUUGGUGGAUGCUUUACGGACGGACCGUCGUCUCAUCUGCUCACACACGGUCUAUACAUUAACUAUGGAACGUGCCCUGCUUGGCUUAAGACAUGCUAGCCAUGAACAACUCGAGAGUGAAUACAUUUUCUCGCAGCAGAAGACUCUCAGCCAACAAAUCUUAAAACAGCAACUUCACCAGCAUAAACAACAAAAUGGGCUCACAGGCGGAAGUGGCCAUUCCCGUCCUUUUGGAUCACCCGUUGGAGAGAAUUUAUCGCAGCAGAUAACUCAUUGUUGAGUAUUUUUUUGAUAUAAUAGAUUGCUGUGAUCAACAUGUACUUGAUAUUAUUUGAAUGUCUUAUCGUUAAAAACUAGUCGAUGGUAGUAUAUAUUUAUAAUCACUGAAUACAUCGAUAACUGAAGCAAGCCAUGAGCAUCCAUGUAGAGCCACAAAUGAUUUAAUCUGUAUCAUAUUUAAUAAACGAGUGAUCGAUGACGCCCAAAUAGACCGUUAACCACCCUCAAAUGACUACGUACGUACAAUAAUGGUUAACAUAUACCAUCUAAGCUACACAAUUAAAAUACUCCUUGGAUCCCGUAUCAAGAGCUUUAGUUACCUGGAUAUGAACAACCCAACUAUAAAGGUUUUCUUUAUUGUUCUCGAAGGAAACUCAAAAUCACCAUAUGGCAAAGGAGAAUUUCAAAUUGCUCUGCAUAUCAACCGAACAU